AAUUGUGUGAUUCUGACUUCUGUACUUUUUAUUUUAAAAAUGUUAUGUUUACCCUUUUCCUCCAUUGUUCUGUCAAUGUCUAUAUUAAUUUGUGUGGUCAUCCUGCUGUAACUAGUGGACUUAUUAUGUAAGUAUUUUAAGUGGUUGUAUUUAGUUUAAAUAAUUAGCUCAAAGAUUCAAGGCUUCUACAUAAAAGAAACAUUAAUGUGGAAGAUAUGCUUAAUACAAAUAUAUCCUCAACUUUUAGGUAGUUUUGAGUAAUUUUAGAAGGCAUAGCCUAUUCUCCUUAAAGUAAUGGUUUUUAUGAGAACAACUCUCAGGAACUUGACUUGCAGGGCUCACAGAUCAUGUUGCUGAGAAGGCCUGCCUGCCUGUGUAACUAGGACCCUUCCUGCUUUCAUGUAUCUCUAGAUUCUCCUUCUUCCCCAAGGUCUUAGAUUGGCCAUGUACCUGACAGGUCUUCCUCAGAGAAGAAAGGGCUCACUCUCUGUAUCCUGUAGAGUCAUUCAUACCAGCCAGGUCUCAGCUCCUUCAUCUCUUUGUGCUAGAGCUAGUGAGCACAUUAACUUAGUGACAUGAUUCCAUGCCACCCUUGGGACCAAGUCAUCAAAGCUGCUAUGAGGAAGUACCCAAAUCCGAUGAACCCCUGUGUCGUGGGAGUCGAUGUGCUGGAGCGCAGUGUGGACGGCUGUGGCCGGCUUCACAGCCACCGCCUCCUCAGCACUGAGUGGGGGCUGCCCGGCCUUGUGAGAGCGAUUUUGGGAACCACUAGGACUUUGACAUACAUCAAAGAACAUUCUGUUGUGGAUCCAGUGGAAAAGAAAAUGGAACUUUGCUCCACCAAUAUCACACUCACAAACUUGGUGUCGGUGAACGAGAGGUUGGUGUACACACCCCAUCCAGAAAACCCUGAAAUGACUGUGCUCACACAAGAAGCCAUCAUCACUGUGAAAGGGAUCAGCCUUGGCAGCUAUCUGGAAAGUUUAAUGGCCAACACAAUAUCAUCUAAUGCAAAGAAGAUGCCUCAUCCCAAAAAUCAAAGAGGAAAGAAAGAGAGAAAAAAAGAAAGGAAGAAAGAAGCGAGCCCUAGAUGCGGUUCACCAGCCCAGUCUGAGAGAGGUGUGAAAUCUGCUGGAACCUGCUGCAACCUGCUGCCUGCCCGUUCAUAGCCCCCACAGGCUCCUUGUGGUGACCUCCCAGGACAGAAGGCCUGGCUGAAGCGCAGGUGGAGUUCUAGUCCAUUGCAGAGUGUGACCCAGAGGAGGAAGAACUCUGACAGGAGGAAGACAGGACCCUGAAGCUGCCACUUUGUCAUCCUGAUUGCUGACCAGGGUCCCGGGAACUGGCCCUGCUCACAGCCCAGUUGCCCCAUGCCAGCAGUUAGUCAGAUUGUUCUUGUGCCUUGUCUAUUUUCUGCUUAGCAGCAGCUCCCAGCUCUUUCUUGCCAGUUCUUGGGAUCUCACUAAAUAGCUUUUUUUCUUUUCAGAGAGCUGCCCAUUUCCCUCCAAUACCUCUGAAAUGAUAGUCUUUACCACCAGCCUCUUCACACAUAUCUGGCUACCAUGUGUCAUUUGAGAUGAUGUUGCCACGUUCUCUUCUCAUCACUGCAGAAAAUCUGCAUUCCCCACAGUAGGGGCGUCCACCCUCAGCGGCGAUGUGUCUGGCUGACAGUACUGUGAGCUUUCCAAUCAGGGACAGAUUGGUCAGGAGAGCAAAGCACUCUGUCUUCAGCCUGCAGCGAGUUUGUCCAGCCACCCUAGACCAGUGACCCCAAGUGGUGAAGGCCCGUGUCACUUCUCACCAUUCAGACCUGUCCUCACGGAGAGAGAGCCACUGUCAAGAGGUGGUGGCAGCAGCACUCGUGAUUGUAAGCACUCUGCCAUCCAAUUAGAUUCAAGGCACUUCCAAAUUGAGAGUUUUAAUUUUCCCAUUUUCCAAAAUAAAAUGAACAACUUCUUUCAAUAUAUUGCAAAUUAUAAAAAUUUUAGAGAAGGCCUCUCCAUAAAGGGUGGGUAGAGCUGUUUCACUAUGUUUUAUUAGGUAAACUAAUUAUUUGAUACUAAUUGUUUUACUUGUUUGAUAAUAGUAAUUCCAAUCCAAAAUGAAAUUACAUUUUUAUCAGACUGUUUAAUGAAUAUAGCUUAAGGUAAAAUAGAGUUAAAAAAUUUAUGACAAAAGAAAACUCUUACCCCUUCUGCAGAGUAAGGCUCAACCCUUCUAAGAGACUUGGAAAUUCUUUGGCAGUUUCUGCCAUUUAUUGCUAGAUUUUUAAAUAAAUAAGCAUAUUGUACUAUUUCUUGAUUCAGCAAUUUCAGAUAUUACCUGUUGACUUCCUGUUGUGGUAGAUUAUUAUUUUACUUCUCUUACAGCUUCUCUCCCUCCCUCAUUUCUCCAGUAUAGCUAUAUUGUAAUUUAUGGCGAAAAGUGCAUUCAUAGUUUCCAAAAUUUUGAAAAUGCAUUACCAAGCCAAAUCUAAGUACCAUAAUUGUGUUUUCUUAAUAUAACUUUUUCCCUCGAAUGUACUACUAAUCUUAUUUUUUCACCAAUUGAAUUUUAUUUUUUAAAAGUCUCUGGCUGAGUCCUUCUACAUUGCUUAUCUACUCUCCACAGCACCCAUAGUGUCAUUUUCCAUGGGCCAGACCUUGGAGGUAGCACCUCCCUUUCUGGUUUCCGGGUGCUCUCCUUCUUGGAAGCCUGGUAUCACUGUCCUCCAACCAAGCAGCCACAGGGCUAUCUUCAUUCCUGGGCAUUUCCUUGGCCCGCCUCCUUUCCCAGAACCCUCUUCUCCUGGAUUCA